AUGGCUGAGGUAGAUCCUCAACCGGAGAAUGCCCAAUCAGUCUCUUUACUUCUACUCGGAGAUGCAGGAUGUGGGAAAUCAACAUUCUUAGCUCGGCUAAAGAGUGGAAGACUGUCCCCGUCAGGGCCCUCUAAUACUGAUCCAAAUACCCUUGAACUAUUGCGAGAUGGUGAUCAACCUUUUAUUUACGACAUCCGGUUCUCAAAAAAGAAAUUCACUCUAGAACUUUACGACACAUCCAACCCGAACCAGCAUUGGACAAAUCUUCGGCCUGACGUGGUUGUUAUAGCCUUUGAUAUCUCUAAUCGAGACACACUCGAUGGACUAAAAGAGUGGCGACACGACAUUACUCGUUACUUCCAGUAUGGUCAUGGCGAGCGUCUUCCAGUGAUGAUGCUAGGCCUGAAAAGGGACCUACGGAGGGAAGGCGAGGGAAUCAUCUAUCCACAAGAGGCAUAUCGUAUCGCGCAGGAACUUCGUUGCGAUAGAUACGCCGAGUGUUCGGCUGUCACAGGCGAGCUGCUCGCAGAGACGUUUGAAGAUCUCGCUAGAUUGGCGGCAAUGGCGACGACUGAAAAAGGUGGUCAGACUGAAGGCACCUCUUGCGUUAUCCUUUGA